UUAAUAUGCCGGUGCUUCGAAGAGUUCUGGCUCGCGUAGUUCGAAAAAAAUGUUCUGUCAGUGUAACGCCCCUGCAUUUCUUGAAAACAUGAAGUCAUCAUGACAGUUUACAUCAGCGCCCAUAUAUAUCGCAGAGGCUAUAAAGGUAUAAAAGCAAGUGAAUCUACACCGUGGUUGCAGUUGUGGACACCAUAGCACAUUGCCCCCAUUUUUACUACAAACUUGAAGAAGAAUUAGACCACUGUACUCAUAUUCUCAGACAGUCUAGAAUCUUCAAAAAGUGCUGUUUAUAGAUUGUUUCUCCAUAAAACACCUGAGGUGUGAAGAAUGAACCAAAAAUGUUACUUAAGAAAGAGAAGGUGCCAAGGCAGAACUACUUAUAGUUAUGGGGCAACUGGUUUAAUUUAAUAAUGUAGAAAUGAAGUUUACUGAUACCAUUAUCUUGCCAAAUGUAGCAUAGCUCACAUUUUAGAAAGAUUUAUCUAGUGCCUUAUUUUGUAUCAUACUUUAAGAAACUAGUCAUGUUGAAUGUAUCAGAUUAACUAUGUUGUAAUUUACUUGUUUGUAAUUUACAAUUUUGAAGAACAGAUGCUUGUCAUAUUAACCAAAGAACACAGUUUAUUUUAAUUCUGUACUGAAUUUUUACUUUUAAAUGUUAUUUAUACAAAGCUUUUGCUAUUUUUAUGCCGUAUCAUCUCCUCCUUAGAGGUGUAAAGCUAAACCGAAUGUGCCAGUACCAAACACCAAUGAAUUUAGAAAUUAAGAAUUUCAGUGAUAUCAGACAAGUGCUUUAAAUGUGUCAGUUAUAUCUACAGGUACAAAACUGCACGCAUAGCGUACUAUUCUUGUACUUCCUGCUUGGUCGUCAAUGUGUGUGUUGUAAAAGUUACAAUUGUAUAUUCAAUACCCACCAGAGCAAUAAAAUGUGACAAGCUGCACAGGCACAAGUAGCCAUAUUGUUCCUAAAAAUAAUCUGAGAGGAAAAUUUUUAUUCUAUUGCCACAUUGAAAAACUGAGAAUAGCAUUAAACUGGCAAUCUGCAUUCUUUUUGUGACAUUUUGCUUGAUUACUGUGUUAUCUUCUUUGUAAGCCAUAAUACAAGACACUCUGCCAGCAGUUGCUUGUUAUAAUUUUUGUGCAGUUUAAGAUUUUGAAUUGUCAUGGGUAAAUUGAUUAAGAUGAACAUGAAGAAAGAAAAAGGCAAGAAACGUAACAAGAAUCACAAAUGCCAGUAUUGCAGAAAGAACUUCGCAGCAGCAGGUGAUUUAACAAAGCAUUUGAGAACUCACACAGGAGAGAGACCUUAUGAGUGUGCAGACUGUGGUGCACGGUUUGCACAGGGUGGUGGUUUGAAGAACCAUAUUGUGGCCAAACAUACAUAUCCUGAACCAUUUACUUGCCACCACUGUGGACGGACAUUUCCCAUCAAGGAACGCUUAAGGCUGCAUCUGCGUACACACACUGGUGAGCGACCAUAUGCCUGUCCACAGUGUCCACGCCGCUUUGCUCGUGGGGGCCAGCUGCUGCAACAUACCAUAACCCAUACAGGUGAUAAACCAUACCAUUGCACACGUUGCCCAAGGCAAUUUGCCUCCCAAAAGAAUCUCAGUAUGCAUCUGAAACGACAUGAUGGGACACGUGAUCAGACAUGUGAAAUUUGUGGCAAAUCAUUUGUUCGGCGUGAUAGUCUCAUGAAACAUGUUGCUUGUAUCCACAGUGGAAUCCGUGCUUUCCGUUGUGACAUCUGUGGAAAAGAGUUGAAAGGUCAUAUUGUCCAGCAUUUACGUAUCCACAUGAGUGAAAAGCCAUUCAGCUGUAAGACAUGUGGAAUGGCAUUCACACAAGCCUCUCAUUUAAAGGUCCAUGGUCGUGUUCAUAGCGGGGAGAAGCCGUAUCAGUGCAAAGUGUGUAAAAAGGCCUUUGCACACUCAGCUGCUCUGAAGAUGCACGUUCGAAGACAUACAGGUGAGAAACCAUUCAAAUGCCUUCUCUGCCCAUCAGCAGCAUUUGCUCAGUUGCCUCAUCUCAAAAAGCAUAUGCUGUGUAUUCAUAAAACAGCAAAACCUUACUUAUGUAUUCGCUGCCGAGAGUUUUUCAAGACAAAAAAUGACUUGGAAACGCAUGAACAGACAUGCAAAGCAGAAGAAGUUAACCAUGCAUGUGAGGACGGUGGUGACUCUCUGGAUAAAGUAAAAGACAGUGACGAUAAGGACAAAUCACUUGUACCUCCCAUGCCGAUAGCAAAAAUGAGAAUGUUAUUGGCAAUACUUCUAAAAAGGAUCUCAACAUCUGAAAGGCUUGAGCAGUUAGGUUUCGGGGAGCGCCUCAUUGAUGACGUACUGUGUGAAUCAAUUGAAAUGUCAGGUAGAAAACCCUGUUCUGACAAAGGUAUGGAUGAAGGCGAGAGGUUGAAAAAAAAUGUUGAGAUUCUUUUGGAAUGGACAGUACCAAAACGAUUCAUGGAUAGGUUUCAGAAGGAGGGUAGAUCUGCAGAAGCACUCUUAGAAGAACUCACAUCAUAAUGUAUCAGGUUGGUUAGGUAUUUAUAUACGAUCACAGAACUAAAGAGGAAAUUGUUUUUAUGAAAUGAAACCAAACAUUGUUAUUGUGACUGAAAUGUUUAUUUUUCAAUGUCCAAUACAAAGAUAAAUACAUAUAAAUAAUCUUUUUAUACUAAAAUAUAUCCUAUUAUUUUUAAUCUUGUUUAUUUUUAUAUUAUUUUCAUAAAGUUAGAGAAUGUCAAGAAAAUGAUUUUAGCCAUCAGCUUGCCUAUUUUGUGUAUUAAAACAAAUUUAAUAAAUGAUUGCCUUGAAUACGUAUGAUUAUUGUGAUGGUAAUGCUGUGUGCUGAUUCGUAUAUCAGCUGCUUAUUGUGUUCAAUAUCUUUAGGGUCAGAUAUUUUGUAUUUAAUCUAACAGAAAGGCUACCUGUAGACUUUGUGGAUUUGCCUACUGCAGUGUGCAUUCAAGAUGUUUGUUCCUCUCUUAAUUUUUCUCAAAGUUGGCUACAUGCCUAAAAAUAUGUUUGAUAAAAUAAAAAAGAACCAGCACCUCAUGUUUUUACCUUAAACUGGGACUGUACUGUGUGGCAGAAUCCAUUGUUAUAUUGAACAAGUGAAAUAGUUCAAUUUUUAAUGUAAGAUAUAAUUAUUAUUUGUAUACAGUUUCAGGACAACAUUUAAUGUGAGACAGUAAUUACAAAAAUAGUUUUGUGAUAACCAUCUCUUUACUAGAGGAAGAUAAUGCUGAAAAGUGGGGAUCUAUUAUAUUCUCUCAGGAAUUGUUUUAUUUAGAUAGUGAUAGUGAUAUAAUUUUUUUUUAUCUCCCCCCCCCUCCCCCCCUUCUUCCUAACUUAAAAUACAACACGAAGCCUGUACUGGAAUUUCCAGUUUUUUAUGAUAAUCAAAUUUGCUGCAGAUAAUAGUAUAUCUGUGCAAAGCUUAGGCAUUUGAAACAUAUUUUUUUAAGGACAUCAUAUUUGCUAUUGACCGUAGAAAUUAUGUAUUUCAUAAUUGCAGUUUAGCCCUUAAGGCCAUUAUCAAAUGGUACUGCAAAAGAUUUUGCGUCAAUACAUGUCGCAAUUUAAAACCCUCUGAGGUACUAUAUGUUUGCAGCUGAAAAGUCACUGACGUGGAAGACAGAUACAAAUUUGUAGUUCGUGCUGUGGUGAAAGAUAGUCAAAAACAACUGAUAAAUACAAAACCAUGUAUUUAUCUGUUAGGACCACCACAAUGGGAGGCUUUUCAGAACUUUCACACCUCUCACAGGCAACAUACCAAUUUGCACUGCACGUACCUCAUGCUGUCAAACUGAAAUAAUUGCCAUCAGUGCAUAGCUGCAGGCAGUGAGGGGAACAACCCAAAAAAAAGAAAAAAGAAAAGAAAAAUCAGGAACACAAACAGCACUCCCCAAACACUCACACAGGCAAAAAAUUCUUAUGUGUGAUAUUUUGUGUUGAAAAUGGAUGAAAAAAUUAUGGAACAUUUGCUCUUCCUGCAUUGUUCUGUUUAAAAAUUUGGUCCAAUUGUCAAGAAUUAACGCUAUGUCCAGCUCACACAAUGUAUUUUUGAACUAUUGUCAUAGUAGAUCCUAUAAUAAUGUUCAGUCGUACUGACCGAAGAAAGACAAUGUGUGAAUUUUUUGCCCCUUCUCCCUAAUCAAGUUUUUAACUUGCAGAUGGGAAUGACUUUUCAUGUUGAUUGUGUAGAAUUUUCUGUGUGUUUAUUUAAUAUUUUAAUGUGUUUACUAUCUUGCCAGACAAGUCAAUGUACCAUUAUCCAGUCAUCUUGUACGCAUAUGACAAAAUAUUUUGCUGUUAAAAAAAAAAAAAAAAAAAAAAAGAAUUGAGGGGGGGGGGGGGGAAGGGGGGGAGACAACUUUACAAAACAAUUGAGCUUUAAAGUAUGGUACCAUUAUAGUUUUUGUAUAAAAAAAUAAAUAUUUAUGCAACAUAAGUAAAAGAAAAGAGUGGAACUGUAAUAAAUGAAAAAGAUCAACUGUUUCAGCAUUGAUGGCAGGUUCUGUACAUUAGUGCUUGUAAUUGAAAUACUGUAACAAAUUUUACCAAAGAUUUUAAUUGUCAGAUGAUGAAGUUACAGAUGAAACUUUUGUUAACAGAAAUAAACUAUUAAAAAUACUGCUUACCAAUGCAGUCAGAUAUUAUUGUGUCAGCAAUAUUGUUUUAAUUAGUACCAUAAAAUGCAAGCUCAGAACAAAGAUGAGUUCUGUCUCAGGAGCCAAUGGAAAAAAAAGAGUGGAUGGAUCAGAAUGAAGUGAGCGAAGAAGUUUCCCUAUGUGCAGAGUGGAAUCUUCAAUUUUUGCAAAUGUGUGUCUCUCUUGGCAAGGUCACAACAUUCCUUAUGGUGUGACACAUUGCUGUUUGUUGAUUUUUAUUUUUAUUUUCCUGUCCAUUGUCUGAAAGGUAAUUACUUGUGUAGUUUUAUAUUUUGACUAUGCAACUUGCAAUUCUUGUAACAUUAGCAAUAAUUUGACCAUAAUAUCUUGUUAGUAUGCACUCAAACUCUUGCAUUCUGUUAGCUUGAGUACACUCAUGUUUAGCCAUUGAACUGCAGUUUUUCUGAAUGUGCUAUAAAUUAAGGGUUAUAACUUUUAAAGGUCACUGCCUUGUUACCAAAAACAAACUUUCACCUGAAGAUAUUUUUUGUUUUGAAGUUUUAACAGCUGUAAUGUAAGCAUUUUUCUGUAAUGAUGAUUGAAAAGCUUAUUUUUGAUGUGUCUUAAAUCCAUUAAAUGGCAAACAACAGAAAUCACAACUUUAUUUUUGAAAGGUGUAAUUCAGAUAUAACUUCAGAAUGUUAUGUUUUGCUACCAUUUGGUAAAGUUUCACACUGAGUUACAAAAACUGUAAACCUAUGGAAUUGUUGAAAAUGGUGACAUGACCUGGAGACAGUUUGGGAAGAAGGACUUGUUUAAAAAUGUCAUUAAAUUUCAUUUAAUAAAGUCAGAUAUCAAAUAAUUAACACAAAUGCAGUAUUUGUUUGUAUCUCAAAAGACAGGCUCUGGUGAAGACAGAACUGUCAGAAUAACAUUGCAGUAUGCUGCUUCAAGAUAUCUGUAUACUUAAAAUAAUUUGAUAUCUUCAGACUCCUGUUCCUUAAGAGUAUGAAGUAUGAGGAGGUCUGAAUAGGUGGUUGUGUGAUCCACUUCACUGACUGUUAUCUCAAUGUAUUUCAUUCCUGCUAUAUUGAAGUCCAUUUUGGACUUCUGUAAGUCACCUAGUGGAUUCUCUCCAGUCAGUGGGAAACCAUUUCUCACUUAGUACAUGUAGACAGCUCAAUUUCUGAUUAUCCUAUGGUUUAAUUAGUAGCAAACUUUGUUCCAUUUUCCACAGUUAUUUUCUGCUUUUCUGGAACCUAAGCAACUGGUAAAAUGUUUUUGUAAUGGGAAAAGAAUGUUGGCUGUUGUAUCAAACAUUUCGGCCACUACUCAACUUUGGUACAAUAAUUGUAUGGAAACAGUUGCAGACAGCACAAGUAAAUAAAGUAGUUCAAAAUUUCCCAAUGUAAUGUUUAGGCUACCAGCUAGUCAUUGCAGUGAGCCAUCACUGGCAUGUUUAUGUACUUUGCCUUUCUUAUAUUGCUUAUUCUAGAUGUGUUUGAGAUCUCUUUCUGCUGGAACAACCCUUCUGGCAAUACUUCAAAACAGAUCUUUUGUAUCUAUACAGAUAAACAGACGAAUUAAUCCUUCAGCACCAAAUUGCCAUCAUUUCACUGUAUGUAGCGACGAGAGCAUGGGAGAAGCUAUGUCAUCACAUGAUGUGUUUGCAUCCAUGGAUUGGCCAGGAAGAGUUAAUAUAAUGGAAACAAAACAGCAGGCAUGUAAGAGGAUUAAAAUAAUAAAUUUUCAAACCAUCUGUAACAUGACAAAUAAGGCAGCCUGCCAGAGAACAACUGAGUAAUACAGAAAGAACAUAAUAAAGAUAAAAUUUUAGAUUUGAGACACUUCAGAAAUAAACUCUUUAGCUGUUCAGUAAUUAGACAGCUCAUAAUUCUUUAUUUAAAUAUUGUACUGUUUUGUUCCCUUUUUUGCUGUUCUCACUAGUAGUUAAUUCUUAAUUUGUGUGCCAAAUGUUAUUCUUUUUCCUCAUAAGGUAGACUGAUUCUAUUUUAUUUUGGUAUAUGAAAAUGUGUUGACAGUUAAGUCACUAGAAAGAAAUCCAGUGCAAUUUCUACCUUCAUAGCCAGUCUGUAUUUGAAUAUUGCAAGUAUUUCCAGCAGACACUUUUGAUUCUCUUCCUAUGUAAAUUACAG